CGCGCGGCGCCCCCUCCGUGCGCGCAGCUCGAGCCGCCGCAGCGAUGAAUUCUGCCGAGCAGACCGUUACGUGGCUCAUCACCCUGGGCGUGCUGGAGUCGCCCAAGAAAACCAUUUCGGACCCCGAGGUUUUCUUGCAGGCGUCGCUCAAGGACGGGGUGGUCCUGUGUCGGCUGCUCGAGCGUCUGCUGCCCGGGACCAUCGAGAAAACUUUUGAUGCAAAUGACUUAUAUCAGGGGCAGAACUUUAACAAGGUCCUCGGCUCCUUGGUGACACUAAAUAAAGUGACAGCAGACAUCGGACUAGGAAGUGACUCUGUGUGUGCUCGGCCCUCCUCACAUCGGAUAAAGUCUUUUGAUUCCUUGGGAUCCCAGUCGUCACACAGUAGGACUUCAAAAUUGCUUCAGAGCCAGUACCGAAGCUUGGACAUGACUGAUAAUAGCAACAGCCAACUGGUAGUGCGAGCCAAGUUUAAUUUCCAGCAGACCAAUGAAGAUGAGCUCUCCUUCACGAAGGGCGACGUCAUCCAUGUCACACGAGUGGAGGAAGGAGGCUGGUGGGAGGGCACGCACAGUGGCAGGACCGGCUGGUUCCCCAGCAACUACGUGCGUGAGAUCAAGCCAAGUGAGAAGCCUGUGUCACCCAAAUCAGGAACCUUGAAGAGCCCCCCCAAAGGGUUCGACACGACUGCCAUCAACAAGAGCUAUUACAACGUGGUGCUACAGAAUAUCCUAGAAACAGAGCAUGAAUAUUCUAAGGAGCUGCAGUCUCUGCUCUCCACCUACCUGCGGCCACUGCAGACCAGCGAGAAGUUGAGUUCGGCAAACACUUCGUAUUUACUGGGAAAUCUAGAGGAAAUCUCUUCCUUCCAGCAAGUGCUCGUGCAGACCUUAGAAGAGUGCACCAAGUCUCCGGAGGCCCAGCAGAGAGUUGGCGGCUGCUUUCUGAGCUUGGUGCCGCAGAUGAGGACCCUGUACCUGGCUUACUGUGCCAACCACCCAUCUGCUGUGGGUGUCCUCACAGAACACAGCGAGGACCUGGGUGAGUUCAUGGAAUCCAAAGGUGCCAGCAGUCCUGGGAUCCUGGUGCUGACCACUGGCCUCAGCAAGCCCUUCAUGCGCCUGGACAAGUACCCCACAUUGCUGAAGGAGCUGGAGAGACACAUGGAGGAUUAUCACCCUGAUAGACAGGAUAUUCAGAAGUCCAUGACUGCCUUCAAAAACCUCUCAGCCCAGUGUCAAGAAGUCCGAAAAAGGAAAGAGCUGGAGCUGCAGAUUCUUACGGAGCCCAUCCGGAGCUGGGAGGGUGAUGACAUAAAGUCACUGGGCAGUGUUACUUACAUGUCCCAAGUCACCAUUCAGUGCGCAGGAAGCGAGGAAAAGAAUGAGCGAUAUCUCCUGCUCUUCCCAAGCCUUCUGCUCAUGUUGUCUGCCAGUCCCAGGAUGAGCGGUUUCAUCUAUCAGGGAAAGCUACCAACGACAGGAAUGACAAUCACAAAACUUGAGGACAGUGAAAACCAUAGGAAUGCGUUUGAAAUAUCAGGAAGCAUGAUCGAGCGGAUUCUGGUGUCUUGCAACAACCAGCAGGACCUUCAUGAAUGGGUGGACCACUUACAGAAGCAGACGAAGGUCACCUCUGUGACCAACCCUACCAUCAAGCCCCACUCGGUGCCAUCACACACACUUCCCUCCCAUCCUAUCACUCCAUCCAGCAAGCACGCGGACAGCAAGCCUGUGGCACUGACGCCUGCGUACCACACACUCCCCCACCCCUCUCACCACGGUACCCCACACACCACCAUCAGCUGGGGACCCCUGGAGCCUCCGAAGACCCCCAAGCCUUGGAGCCUGAGCUGCCUGCGGCCCGCACCUCCCCUCCGGCCCUCAGCUGCUCUCUGCUACAAGGAGGAUCUUAGUAAGAGCCCCAAGACCAUGAAAAAGCUGCUGCCGAAGCGCAAGCCUGAGCGGAAGCCUUCGGACGAGGAGUUUGCUGUGCGCAAGAGCACAGCUGCUCUAGAAGAAGAUGCACAGAUCCUGAAGGUCAUCGAAGCAUACUGCACAAGUGCAAAGACUCGUCAGACCCUGAACUCAACAUGGCAAGGCACUGACCUGAUGCAUAAUCACGUCUUGGCUGAUGACGACCAAUCAAGUCUAGACUCCUUGGGUCGUCGCAGUAGCCUUUCUCGUUUGGAGCCCUCAGACCUCUCGGAAGACUCUGAGUAUGACAGUAUAUGGACAGCCCAUAGUUACAGAAUGGGUUCUGCAUCCCGUAAGAGCUGCUGCUCAUAUAUCUCUCACCAGAACUAACUAACGCACUGAGCCUUUCUUAACAAUGCUUGUAUCGCAGCCUGCUUUUCUUAGACGUUUCUUGCUGUUCCGUGUCUCUCUCAUGUGAUAUUUUAACAACUCUGGAGAGUGUCUUGAUAUUUCCCAUUGUACCUAGUGGAGGCUCAAUUGCCAAUCAGAACGCAUUCAGACUGCUGCCUGUUGGUGGGAGGUGUGGGUCCAGCAAGUCUGUACCCCAGGGGCUUUUCCCAUCAGGGAGUGUUCUAUACAAGCCCCGGAUGGUUUGGUUUUUAAUUCUCCGUGUAGCAACUGUUUCACUUCCUUUUGGAUACAGCUAUAUGGACACUUUUCUAGUUUAUGCAACCACACAGGUUUGCGUCCAAGUGCCACAACGGAGGAGACUCUAGCCUUACACAUAGGGAUCUAAUUUUUUUUUAACGUAUAAUGCACUUGACCAAGUAGCUGUGGAGAGAUUGAGUGAAGUGUCUGUACCCGAAGCACCAGGCCAGCUGGCAGCUGCUUUGGUGAUGGUGCAGAAGGCUCCAUGGACUCCGGGCCUGGCAGAUGCACACCAGGGCUGGCGCCAUUGGGUGUUGAGAGCAGAGUCUGCAGUCUGUCUCCACCCAUUGCCCUGUGCCUUUUCGUCUGUGCGCCAUGGCUGUGAGGGGGAAGCUCUCCUUGUGAAGGUGAGCUCACCAUCGCAGCCGCGUUCAACAUCCACUUAACCAUUGCACCACACUUCCUUGAACUGCAGUGAGUGCUAGGACGAGGCACUGUCCAGUCUGCACUCGGAGGUGGAUGCUGUGGUCUCUGCCGGCACAGCCCAGCUGUGUUCAGAGAAGUGCUUGGCUGACUGCUUGGCUUGGCUGCAGCCCGGCUGCCCCGCAUCCUUACUUGCGCUGUCUGUGAGAGCCGUGAGCACCAUGUUGCUUUGGCUACCAGCUGCAGUGAAACUACGUUUCCAGCAGCCCUGUAGUUCCCUCUGGUACUUCCUUGUAAUGCAGUCUUGAAGACUGAGCAGGUUCCCACAUGCAAGUCUGGGAACAGCCCCUCAGCCCCUGGGGUGUGUUGUGUGGCAUUUUCCCUGGCCCUGAUCAACAACUGAGUGUGGUGUUGCACUCAGCUGCAGCAGCAGACCACACCUAGCUGUUGCUUGAGGGGCAGCACUGUCUACAGAAGCGGUGCCACAGUAAAUGAAGAGUGAUGGUCUUUGCAUCCUUCAGGAUGUGGAGCUCUAGUGGCCAUAACCCUCCUUGCCAAGCCCUUGUAUACAGUAUUGUGUCCCUUUGCUCCCGUCCUGGGAGCCGGAUCCUGCUGCUGCUAAUGGAGGAGUGUGUGCAUGAUGGGGGAAUGGCCUGGAGCUGCUGGGCAGCAUAGCUACCCACACCUGCCUGCCUGUUCCUUGUGGCUACAGAGCUGCUUAUGCCCCCCAAAGAGUUUGGAUUAUAAGAAAGUCAAGGAACAAGCUUUUAAAACUUGCACCCAGUAUUAAUUUCCAGUAGAAAUGAGAUUUUGUAGUUUCCACCAAAUAGCAAACGGGAUUUUUGAAAAACAAAUAAAACCUGAAGUGUCUGUGUUUAUUUGAUUUCAUACGGUGACAGAAACGGCUCUGCUGGCUGUCAUAGCCCAUUCUGUGUUGUCUUUGCUGACUCUGCGUCAGGCUGCUCGCCCUUGCCUUACCUUAGCAUGGGUUUCCUGGCAUAGGCUGUGUGGUACGACAGGGAGGCACAGCUGUACUUGAGGUCUUCUCCUAACACCAAGAGAAGUGAGGCUGGCUGUCUUAAGCAGACAUGGCGGUCUAUAUUGUUAAGCAAAGUUCCGAUGGUUUGCCCUUGGUCCUUUCCUACCAGUCUGAGCCGUUUGGAUGGUGUUUUUUGUUGAGGUCAAUGCUGCGGAACAACAGCCCGAACUUUUCUUUGUAUUUGUUUUGAAUGUCUGACAUUGGUUUUGUGACCUGGUUAGAAGUUUGUUAGUGCCACCGGCACAGGAGCUGGUCCUCAUGUGGCAGAGGGGACACGGCGUUGGAGGGGCCAUCGUUUCUACGUUUGUGGAGCUGUAGUCAUGCUGAUAGUACCUAACGGUUCUGCAGCUCUGUAAAGCCGUGUGCAGUGAGUGUGAUAACGGAAGAAGGCAGACUGAGCGAGAAGGUAGGUCCAAGACGUGCCCGGGGCCUCUGCAGGUGGCCCCACAGUGCUCCUGUCUAACCCGUCCUCGCCACAAGUCUUUACUAAGCUACGUUAACUCUGUGGUGUUCGGCAUAAAAUUGCCAAAACACAAUAAUGUGUAUAUAGUGGUAAAAGAUCUUGGGGAAAUCUAUAUAUUGUGCUGUUUAUCUGUGAAUGGGAAAAGCCAUUUUAGUACAAGACUCCCAUUUGAAAAUUCACUUGGAUGUAUAUCUGAAUGUUGCAUUGUAUUGUACAGUAUGCUUACUGUCUGUGGUUGCACAUGGCAAUGAAGUGUCUGUUUUAUAUUUAAAAGAUAUCUGUUAUGUACAGUUGAAAUAAAUUUUGCAUUUGCUA